UUGAUGGAUUUCUUUUCUUUAGCAAUAUCGAUAUGAAAUAAGAAAGUGACAUAUCAAUUUUUCUUAUGCAAAUAUUGUGCAUUUUACAAUAUUAACCGCAUGUAGUUUAUAUACAUUAAUCUGGCGUUUCGUAACAACUCUUGGUGUUUAUUCCACCAGGAGUUUCAUUUAUUUUAACAAACUAACCUCAAUCUUUAAAAGGAACAAACUACAAAAACAAAAAUGCCAGAGACAACGGAGGAGGACAUGGGAAUGUCCGUUCGUUUAACGAACGAUGACUUUCGGAAACUCUUAAUGACACCGAGAGCCUCGGUUCCAUCGGCUACACCAGCAUCCAUACCUGGCACUGCUCGAGAUGCUAGUGCAAAGACUGCACAAACAUCUAAUGUUAGCGGGGGUAGUCGAGCAGAGCUGCGAAGGAAGAAGAAAAGCUUCUACGCUAAACUAAAGAAACAGGAAGAAGAUAAAAUGGCAGAGUUGGCGGAGAAGUACAGAGACAGAGCUAGGGAACGUAGAGACGGCACAAAUCAAGAUUACCAAGCAGAAGAUCCAAUGAACAGUGCCAGUGCUUACAGAGCCGUUGCGCCAGAUUUGAAAUCAGGAAUGGAUGCAGCCGAACGCAGGAGACAAAUGAUUCAACAGUCAAAAUUCUUGGGUGGUGACAUGGAACAUACUCACUUGGUCAAAGGAUUAGAUUAUGCUCUUCUUCAGAAGGUACGCAGCGAAAUCGAGGCAAAGGAGCACGAGCAGGAGCAGGAAAUGGAGAAGUUAGUGAAGCCAAAAGACAAGGUGAAAGACAAAAAGGAAACUGAAAAGAAAGACGACGAGAUGCAAUUCAAAACCAAGAUGGGACGGAACGUGUACAAAACUGUUAUGAUCAUGAAGUCCAAGACUAUCGAGAGAAACGAGUUAUUCACACCUGGCCGCAUGGCUUACGUAAUAGAAUUGGACGACGAAAAUGCGGACGUAGACAUACCGACUACUUUGAUUAGGAGCAAAGCUGACGUGCCCACGAUAGACAACACGCCUACUCUGACGACGAACGAUAUUGUCAUAAACAAAUUGGCACAGAUAUUGUCGUAUCUACGGCAGGGUAAUCGUCACGGGAAGAAAGGAAAGAAAAAUAAAGAUGGACGAUCGAGGCCCGACGAUAUGAAUGACAUGGACAUAGCGCCGAGGCCUCAGGACGAGAGCAUUUAUGGUGAUAUCGGGGACUACGUUCCUACGAUUGGCAAGAAGGACUUGAUUCAGUCUAGAGAGAAAAAGAAAGGCUCUUACUUCGACAAACCCGAGAGUAGCCUGGACACGGAUGAUAAAGCGAAUGCUCCACAGUUACCAAGCGUCGUACCCACCAUAGACACCAAUGCACCUAAGAAAGGAGCGCUUCUUAACAAACUGGCCGCGGAGCCAGAAGGCUACGCAGAAUGUUAUCCGGGUUUGGACGAGAUGCAAGAUGCCAUAGACGAUUCGGACGACGAGGUAGAUUAUACCAAAAUGGACCUCGGCAAUAAAAAGGGUCCUAUCGGUAGGUGGGACUUCGACACCCCUGAGGAAUAUAGCGAGUAUAUGAACAAUAAGGAGGCUCUGCCGAAAGCAGCAUUCCAGUAUGGAGUAAAGAUGGCUGACGGAAGAAGAACGAGGAAAUACAACAAGGAGAAGAAUGAGAAAGCAGAGUUGGACAGGGAAUGGCAAAAGAUACAAAAUAUUAUGAACAAGAGGAAACCCUCGACCGUGUUGGACGGCGCGUCAGAAUUCAAAGUACCUAGAUAUUGAACGAUCGAGUCGCUGUUCAUAUAUUUGCAAUUCUACUUUAUCAAAAUAAUCAAAUGUAUGUAUACGAUGUAUGUAUAUUUUAACAGAAUAAUUCUA